UGGUGGCCGUUGUGCACGCCUCAAAGUUUGCCUCGCCUGUCGGCAAUCUUCCAACUUUGGUCUGAUCAGUACGGUGAACAUACGGUUCUACAUUAUUUCGUCCCAUUCGGGAAAAGUUCAGCAUUACGUUCUUCUCACCAGAAGCUUUGAACUUCAUUCAAUCCAUACCGUCAUGGCCACAAACUGGCUCUUUCUUGCUCGGGCUGGAGUGGCUACUACGUGGAUAGAGCUAGCCUUUGUGAUUUCCUUUGCGUUGGGCUUUUUGAUUCUUAGAAACGGCCUUUGUGGUUUUUUCGGACGUGGUCAUUUGAAGCGGAGAUAUGGCAUGGCGAAGCACAUCGCCCAGUUCAACAUGAAAUUGAAAAACAUCAUUGAAACAGAGGCGUCAGCUGGCAACUGGGUCAAUGUCCUUAAGGCUUGGCGUGCUGGAGAAGACGAUGCUCCCACAACUAAGGACAUAUUGAGAAUCGUUGUGCAAGCUUUCGUAGAUGAAGAACCAAACGCUUUGGUCAAGGAGAUGAUCUCGCAUAUCAAGAAACAUGACAAGGUUUUCUCCGGGUUUGGAAUGACCAUCCUGGACGUCGUUGCGCGUUCAGGAAAGACGCAGUUGAUGGAAGAGCUUUGGGAGCUGCCGCCACAAGCAGGAAUCCAGCACAGCAGUUGCAGUUAUGAUGUCAUUUUGGGUGGCUUUGCAAGCACUGCAGAGAUAAAGAAGGUUCGGCUCUAUGAGAAGAUGAUGAAAAAGGAGCACAUGCGAUUAUCACCUCGGGGAUUGUCUUUGAUCAUCAAGGGAUACUUGAAGAACGGCCUGGUUGACCAGGUCUUUGAGAAGUUUAUGGAGAUGAAAGGCAGCAGCUAUGAAAUACCAUCUUUUGCUGUGGCACAGUUCUUUCGAGUCGCUGGCGAGGCUGGUCGAAGCGAGGAGUUCUUGGAAGCAGCCAGCAAGAACGACUUGGAGAUUUCGGUGGAAGCAUAUUGUGUUAUUUUAGUGGACUGUGUGCGAACGAGCAACCUCAAGUUGGCCGAGAAGGUGGAGACUGCUGUGAGAUCCACCAGAACGACCAUCUCUCCUCAGCUCUAUGAGAUGUUGAUCAAAGUCUACAUGCUUGGCUCUGAUGAGAGAGCCAUUGUAAUCUUCAAGGAGCUUCAACGCUCGGAUGGCGUCAGCGAGACCUUCUGUGUAAAAUUGCUGGCGCGCUGCGCAGAGUGCAAGUUUCUGAGCUUUGCAGAGGAGAUCAUCAAGCAUUGCCGAACUAUCAAGGUCAUGACUUUGUCAGUCUACAGUGCCUUGAUGAAAGUGUAUGCAUAUUCUGGGUUGUACGAGAAAGCAUGCGAUCUCUAUGAAGAGAUCAAACGGGAAGGUGUUGAGCCUGAUGCGAUGAUGUACGGGUGUCUUAUGAAGUUUGCAGUCGAGUGUGGGCGCAAGUCUCUCCUACAAGAGUUGUCGGAAAAAGUGCCAAGCCUUGACAUUCAGCAUUACAUGUCGAUGAUACGUUCUGCUGGCUGUGACGGUGAUGUUGCCCGAGCAUUUGCCGUGUUUGAACGAUUGAAGAAAAGUCCUGUGUCGGCUGACGUUGCUGCCUUCAACUGUGUUCUGGAUGUUUGUGUCCGUGCUGGUGAUAUGAAGAGUGCAAAAGAAUUGAUGGAAGACAUGCGUCCGCAGAAUAUGGUAGAUAUCAUCACUUACAACACCAUGAUCAAGGGCCUUUGCAAUCAAAGGGAUGUGAAAGGCGCCCGGUUGAUGAUGCAAGAGAUGGAAGAGAGAGGAAUUGCCGCCAAUGAUGUGUCUUACAAUUGCUUGAUCAAUGCUGCUGUGAGCUCUGGCAAUAUGUCAGAAGCUUGGGACCUGGUAAAGACCAUGGAGUCCAAGGGCGUACGCCCUGAUCGCUACACCAUAUCCACAAUCAUGAAAACUCUCAAAAGGACCACGCCACCAGGCCAUGCAGCAAAAUGCUUUGAUCUACUGGAUCGCUCUGGAGUCGAUCUUUGUCAGGAUGAAAUCCUUCUGAAUAUUGUGCUGGAGACCGGCAUUCGGCACAAAGAGCUGAAGCGGAUGAAUGGGAUCUUGGAAGCCUUUGAGCAAUCCAAAAUCCGUCCAUCGACACCAACAUACGGAUCUCUGAUCAAAGCAUAUGGGAUCAUGAAGAGACCGGACAGAUGUUGGGAAAUUUGGAAGGAGAUGACAGAUCAACGAGGUUUGACACCGACACACAUUGUGAUUGGUUGCAUGCUGGAUGCCUUAGUAUGCAAUGGCUUGGUAGAUGAUGCAGAACGUAUUUUUUACGAAUACUCCACGGCACCAAACGUGAUCUUGUACUCUAUCCUUUUCAAGGGCUUUGCAGCAACUCAUCAGCCAAAGCGAGCUAUGGAUUUGUGGAGAAGCAUGCGGAAGAAGGGCUUGACGAUGAACACAGUCGGCUACAAUUCUGUCAUUGAUUCACAGGCUCGGCUGGGAAAUGUGGAGGAGGUGACUGAGAUCAUGAGUGCAAUGUCUGAAGAAGGCAUCAAGCCGGACAGGAUUACUCAUUCGAUCAUCGUGAAAGCAUACUGCAUCAGAGGUGACUUCAAGCGAGCUAUUGCUACUAUCCACAGUAUGCAGGACUGCAACGUGGAACACGAUGCGGUGGUGUACAACACCUGUAUGGAUGCAUGUUCUAAGCACUCCAGGGUGGAGUUGGUGGAUCAGCUCUUGGAAGAAAUGCUGACUCACAAAAUUGCCCCGACGAACUUCACCCUUGGAAUUCUGGUGAAGACAUGCGCGCGGGCAAAGCAGCUGGACAAAGCGUUUGAGAUGGUGGACAAGUUGCCAAAAAUUGGAAAAUUUGCGCCGAACCAGCAGGUGUGGAUGAGCCUCAUGCAGUGUUGUAUCAACAACGGCUCCCCUCAAAAGGCGUUGGAAGUCUUUCAUGAAAUGCGGAAAUGUAGCCAUGGAGUUGACUGCAAGGUUUACCAGGUCUUGAUAUCUGGUCUGGUGAAAUAUGGUUGUUUAGCUGAAGCCGUGAAGCUGGUAGAAGAGGCUUGUGGCCUCUGGGAAUUACCAAAAUCCCGGAGCAAGCAGCACCUCAGCCUGGAUUGCCUGGAGGCGCUCUUCGAGGCGAUAAUGCGCCAAAAUUCGAGGCAAGAAUUGGCUUUACCACUCUUGGAGCGUCUUAGGGCGGCGCAGAUUCCCGUCAGUUCACGAAUGGUGGCGCUCGCGUUUGCGGCCAUUGAAGAUGCCUAGCGGAAAGGUUCUCUUUGAUGCAAUGUCAGCAGCGCUGGGGUCAAGUAAACUACCCUCCCAAAAGGCCGUUUGGAUGAAUAUCCCCUCGGCAGGUACUUUGAAGAGAAUGCUAGCCUUGACCAAUGUGUCUAGUUAGCCAGUGUAGUUCGUUUGGAGUCUAGGUUCCAGUCACAGCCCAAAGUGUGCUGUUGGACUACCGCGUUGUUCCAAUGGUCGCAGAAGUCCAUUGUUGUUUUAGAAAAGGGCCUUUUCUCCUUUAUGUCCUAUUUAGUUUCUUGUUUUUGCUUGCUUUGUCCAUCUACAUGAAAGGUC